UCCGGUGUCGUUGGCAACACUGUUACAUAAAUUAAAAAAUAUAUAUAAUACAGAAAAGAAAACAUUAGUUCUGACUAAUUAUUAUUUAUUAAUUAAAGGGAAAAGAUGCUAGGCGUAUAGCAAUGACAACGCAGUAUAAAAGAUUUACGAGGUUAAUAGCUAAGUGGCCAGUGGACAGCAACAAAGGUGAUAGGGACCUCGGUAAACUGAUUCGGGAUACAGUAAAGAGUGCCUUUGAAUUGUCCAACUCACAGGAUCUUAACUCAGAGUUUUGCAAUCAACAGUACAAUUCAUUGAAUAAAUUAGCAGACAACUACUACAAAAAGAAAUACAAGAGAAUAAGACAAAGUUCUGCGACAGGUCUAAGUAUCGAAGAGUGCAAUAUAAUUCUUUCUAAUGAAGUAUUAGAUUAUUUAAAAGAAGAAAAUAAAAGUUUCUUUCGGAAAAUCUUUCAAAAGGAUUCAAAAUUUAAAAACCAUACACCUGUUUUGCUAGAUGAAGUUCUAAAAUAUCUUCAACCUGGUGAUAAUGAAAUUUUUAUAGAUAUGACAUUUGGGGCUGGUGGACAUUCAAAAAAAAUUCUGAAAUCCUCUAAUUGUAAAUUAAUUACAUUAGACAGAGAUCCUAACGCUUAUGAAAAGGCAGUUAAACUAGCUGGAAAGUUCCCAAAUAGAGUGACGCCCCUUUUAGGGAGAUUUAGUGAAUUACCAAGUUUAUUAGAAAAAAAAGGCAUUAAACAGUCAACAGUAGAUGGAAUACUAUUUGAUUUUGGUUGUUCAUCUAUGCAAUUAGAUAAUGGAGACCGAGGUUUUUCCAUAAGUAAAAAUGGCCUGCUAGAUAUGAGAAUGGAUGCUGGUAGGGAUCCUAAUCAAAUCACAGCAAGAGAAGUGUUAGCCACAGCCAAUGAAAAUGAACUAUACAAGAUUUUUAAAGUUUAUGGUGAUGAAAAAAAAGCAGCAAAAAUUGCACAAACAAUUAUUCAAGCAAGAUAUAUGAUCAAAAACAUUGAUACCACUCAGGAGUUAGUAGAUGUAGUUGAUUCUUGUUGCCCUAAUGAAUUUCGUUUAGAUAAGCUUCAACGACCACAAUCAAAUGCUACAAAAAUUUUUCAAGCCCUUCGAAUAUUUGUAAACAAUGAACUUAAUGAAUUGAAUUAUGGUAUGGUCUUAGCUAAAUACUAUUUAAAACUUAAUGGUAGAUUAAUCACAAUAUGUUUUCAUUCUCUUGAGGAUACAAUUGUCAAACGUCAUAUAGCAGGCAAUAUUGUGAAUGAAACAGCCAACCCUGUACCUUUAAGAUACUUAAACCCUUUGUUAGUACAAGAUCAAGACACAAUCAAUCAUUUUUUGAAUACCCCAUGGAAGCAAUUGCAUAAACAUGUUGUUAUCCCAACUGAAGAAGAAGUUUUACGAAAUCCUAGAAGUAGAAGUGCUAGGUUGCGAGCUGCAAUCAAAAUUAAGUAAAAAAAUAAUUGUAUUUGUGAAUAGUUGUAGUAAAGAUGUAUUAUAUUUA